CUUUACUUAAUCUUAAAAUUUUCUUCCCAUUUUUCAAUUUUCUCGGCAUCCAAACAGAGGUUUCUUAGAGUAGAAAACUCGAAAAAAGCUAUGGAGGCGACGAAAAUCGCUACACCAAGGCCAAGGGGAGUGCCAGUGAAGAGAGCGACGAUGUUAAGAAACGGAACGAAGAAGACGAAGUGGUACUGGAAAUUGAAAUUCGGAAUCAGACUAAACGCCAUUAAAAAGGCUCUUUCAUCUUCCUUACACCAGCACCGCCUCCGUCUCACAUGUUCCACCGCCAUGAACAACAACGGCCACCUCACUCCCCAAAAUGGCGCCGUCUCCCCACUGGUAAUCCACCCCUCAAACUCAAAAUCAUCGAAGAACAAAAAGAACGAACUCCGCCUC